CUGUUAGCGCGUCAUCGAAGGAAACAUGGCGGCGCACAUCACCAGAGCCGUGAGGCGACUUGUUCCUCAGGAGAGCAGUCGGCUCCCGCCUGCAUCCUGGCUGCUCCAUGCCGAAGCACGGCGUUCUCACCAUCACUCAGCAGGCCCCUCGCUGCGCUACAUACCCCGCAGGGCGGUUCUCUACUGUCCCGGCAAUGACGAGCGAAAAUUAAGGAAGCUGGCGUCGCUGGACGUCGACUGCGCCGUCUUGGACUGUGAGGAUGGCGUGGCCCUCGGCAAAAAGACUGAGGCCAGGGAGACCAUUCCCAGGAUGCUGGCGGAGCUGGACCUGGGCCGGACGGAGAAGUGUGUGAGGGUGAACUCGGUGUCCAGUGGCCUAGCCGAGGCUGACCUGCAGGUCAUCCUGCAGGCUGAGGUUCUCCCUCCUGCCAUCAUGUUGCCCAAAGUGGAGGACACGCAGGAGGUGCAGUGGUUUGUUGGCAGGUUUCAGCACAACUUGAAAGGACGGGCACUGACGGAGCCCAUUCGCCUGGUCACCUUUGUGGAAACCGCUGUGGGCCUGCUCAAUUUUAAGGCGGUGUGUGAGGAAAUCCGUCGACUCGCUCCUGGGGCUGGUCUCCACCACGACGGCGUGGUGUUUGGCUCCGAUGACUUCUGCGCCAGCAUAGGUGCCACGCGGACUGAAGAUGCCAGGGAGCUCCUUUAUGCGAGGCAGAAGGUGGUCGUGACCACCAAAGCGUUCGGUCUGCAGGCCAUCGACCUGGUCCACAUUGACUACAAAGACGUGGAGGGGCUGAGGCGGCAGGCCAGAGAGGGGGCUCUCAUGGGCUUUACAGGUAAGCAGGUCAUCCACCCAGGGCAGAUCCAGGCUGUGCAGGAGGAGUUCUCCCCCAGUCAAGAGAGGGUCCAGUGGGCCAAAGAGCUCAUUGCUGCUUUUGACCAACACCAAAAGGAGGGAAAGGGCGCGUUCACAUUCCGCGGCAGCAUGAUCGACAUGCCCUCGGUGAAGCAGGCCCGGAACAUCCUCACGCUGUCCGCCGCGGUGCCGGAGAACCAACGACACGACUGACCCGUGGGACGAGAGAAAGGCCAGAAGGAAGAGGGAGCCGUUGCAGGUUUCACAACGACACAUGGAAAGCCUGUGACCUGUGCGGACGUUGGUUUUAAUUUAAGUUUUUAAUAAUUGUGGGAAUUCUUUGACUGUGAUUUUGCUGCUGUGGUCCUGUUUAUGUUUCAAAUACACCUUCGGAUGUUUUUCAGCUACAUAAAAUCUGCACAUAUAGUCGCAGCAGCCUCUCGAAGUAAACUUUGGCACACUCUGCAGUGUUUGUGUGCGAUCAUGUCAUUCUCCAGCGUGUGUGCCCAUGCCUCCCAUCUCUCUGAGGUCCCGAUGAAUGCUCUCCCAUCCCCACGGUCCCGGCAGCUGGGCGAAAGGGUAAACAAACACAACAAGCCACUGUUGCGGAUCUAUUCAUUAAGCCCCCAGUCCUCCAGUCAGGCCUCGGCCCCCACUGCCUAUAGGCCUGACUAGCAGACUUCAAAGUCUUAGAAAAACAACAAAACAGACCCAGAUGGAAGUGCGUAAACUCACGAUUUAGCCAUUUUUUUGUGUGUGUGUCAGCCUCCUUAGUAAAGACAUGCAGCUCGCCCUGUGGCAGCUGUGAGCCUGCGGUCUUGAUGGAGAAGGCGUGUGGCGUCGGACACACCACGACCUGUGUGAAAAAGUAAACACCGCACACACACACACACACACACACACACACACACACCGGGGUUCUUUACCUGAUCUCUCAUUUAGGGCUAAAGAGUUAAUGCUCAGCUAUCGUUUCCGAGUUGUGGUUUUUCAUCAGCAUCUUCCUCUUCCACAUUUUCACAUAAAAAAAAAAAAAAAAAUACUUUUGGGGGGUUCAGGUCGUGGCGUCCAAAAAUGUAAAAGUACAACGGGGCUCUGUGGAGCGCUUCGUGCAUGUUCUGACUUCCAGAGACAGUGAAGUGGGUGUGAUGUUGGAGUGAGACAGAUUAGUGGCCAUGUUGCUCCAGCAGACCGGGGCCCAGGCUUUGUCUCUCCGACUGUGGAUGGGAGGAUAAUUGGGGGGGUGUUGAAUGGUUAAUAGUGCCAUUGGUGACCAUGGUAAUGAAAAGGCACCGUGCCUCCCCUACCCCACCUCGUCCACUCAUCUCUCCCCCUCUCUCAGUACUGUAUGAUCUAUUGUGUCUGGGGCAGGGCUGUGGUCUGUGCCAGGCCAGGCCAGACAAAAAAACAAAAAAAAGAUCGAAGCCACUCCUGUGCCCUCGCCAAAGAGCCCAACAGUAAGCUGUCUCUUUGGCAUUUGGCCAAAUAUUUCUCUCACCCCUGUUUUUUUUUUUCCUGUCAGUCAGGAAUUCACGUCCAGCUUUUUUAUCUGUUUGUUUGUUUUCGCCCAAUCUACCACUGCGCCCUGAGGCCGGUGGACAAAACUGCCACUAUGUGUGACUUUCAUAAAUAAAUCCACAAACUUUGUUUUGGGUGUAGAGCCGGUUUGCGAGGCUCUGCGGAACUUUUGAGAUAGAUGUUGGAUAAGCCGUAUCUCAAACUCAAGUCUGCUUAAAUGGUGUAAUAUUUAAAAGAGAUGUUUCUUCUACUUGUACAUAACAUCAUUUGUAGAUUGUGAGUAACCUGUACUGAUUGCUGAAACCAUUAUCUGUCUUGUUUUGGGAUUAUGAAGCACUUUCGUCAUUUGUUGCAGUCCGACCUGAAAUGAAUGCAGAUGGAGUCUCACAAUGAAAAUUGUCUUAUGAUUUGAAAGAAUUAAAGUGCGGUCCAAAUUGUUGAAACCAUAUCAUACAAAUAAAGAGCAUGUUUGGCGGUUUCCACCUCAUUUGAUUUCAUCUUUGACACCUAGU